AUACCCGCAAACACCCGUGAAGGUGCACCUAUACGGUCAAAAAUGAAAAUACUCCCAAUACCCUUGGCAAUCCUGACGAUUUGCGGGUUCUGGCGACCCGCGAGCCUCGAGCCGAACUUCAUAGCCAAACACGCGUACAAUUGUUUCUCGUGCUUUGCCGUUUUUUUGAUCUACACGUUCACCCUGAGUCACUUGGUCGGUAUAGUCAUCAGCGCCCAAGACUUCGAGGGACUGACCGGUAGUUGUUUCAUGCUCCUGUCGAUGCUCAACGUUUGCUGCAAAAUAACCAACAUCCUUUACUUCCACCGCGGUAUCGCGGAGUUGACGAACAUCCUGGAAACUGGUUACUGCGUUGCUAGAGACUCGGUUGAGCGAGACAUACAGCUCAGGAACCACAACAAGGCCAGGCUCGUAACGCUGUUCUACCUAGCCCUGACGGAGACGACUUGCACGCUGAUAACGGUGCGCACUUUUUUCCUCACCCCCCACAAGAUACUGCCGUUCAAGGCUUGGAUACCGUACGCCACGGAGGGCUCGAUCACCCGGUACUGGCUGACGUUCCUCCACCAAACGAUCGCCCACGUGGGAGCUGCCAACGUGCAAAUCGCCAACGACACCCUCAUUUGCGGACUACUGAUACACGCCUCGGCCCAACUCGAAGUGCUGAAGCACCGGUAUCGAGUAAUAACCGAGGAAUCGGCGAGAUCGGCGGACGGAGAUGACCGGCUGAAGCGUCUGGUCGACUGUAUCGAGCACCACCGGUGCAUCAAACUGUUUAGCGCCAAACUGAACGGCACCUUCAACGUCAUAAUUUUCUUUCAAUUCGUGACCAGCUCGCUGGUGUUGUGCUCGAGCGUGUACCUCCUGUCGAGGAUGACUUUGCUCAGCGUGCACUUCAUGUCGCUGUCGCUCUACCUGUCCUGCAUGCUCUACCAGAUAUUUUUGUUCUGCUGGUACGGUAACGAGGUCAUUUUACAGAGCAGCGAUCUCGUCGGUGCCAUGUACGCGAUGGAUUGGACCGUGUUUGGCAUAGAUGACAAAAAGAAUUUACUUCGGAUGAUGAUACUCGUGCGAAAACCCAUCAAGUUCACCAGUAGCUUCCUCAUCAAUUUGUCCAUUGACUCUUAUUGCAAAAUAUUGAAAACAUCGUACUCGGUUUUUAAUUUCCUUCAAAGAACGUCCAUGUGA